AUGUGGUCAAGAAUAGCCAGAAGUUCCGUCAAGGAUGGAGCCAUCAAGAAACAAUUGAGAUUGAUCUCCAAUAGGAAGUUAUCAAAUGCCACUGGAUUAACUACCACCACGUUAGGAAACAAUCUUGAGAUGACUACUUUGAAAAAUCGAUUGAGAGUAGUUUCCGAUUCAAGCCCAGGUCAUUUUAGUGCAUUAGGUGCCUUUGUUGAUGCUGGUUCACGUUAUGAAGAUCCUCAAAGACCUGGGUUAUCCCAUGUAAUGAGUAGAUUGGCUUUUAAAUCAACCGAGAAAUUUUCUGGAGAAGCAAUGAUGGAUAGAUUGGCCACCUUAGGUGGUAAUUAUAGACCUGAAGCCUUAAGAGAAAGUAUGAUUUAUCAAGCUGGUGUGUUUAAUAAGGAUGUUGAACAAAUGCUUGAAUGUAUUGCCCAAACCAUCCGUUAUCCGAAGUUAACCGAUGAAGAAGUGGAAUGGGUCUUACAAUCUACCGCAUAUGAAGCAGAAUCACUUCAAUAUAAUACAGAUAGUCUUUUACUGGAAAAAUUACAUGAGGUAGCAUACCAGGACAACACUGUAGGAAUACCACUUUCAUGUCCAUUGGAACGAGUUAACGAAAUUCAGAAGGAUGAAAUUGUCAACUUUCAUAAUAAAUUCUAUCAGCCUCAAAAUAUCAUCAUUGCAAUGGUAGGUGUUCCUCAUGAAAUCGCAUUGAAAUAUACCCUCGAUAACUUCGGAGAUUGGGAAGUUGACCCAUCAAAACAAUUCAAACCCGAAGUAGGUAAAGUCAACUAUACGGGUGGAGAAAUCUUUAUACCACAUCAAAAGCCAUUAUAUUCCAACCAACCUGAAUUAUACCACAUGCAAAUCGCAUUCGAAACAUCAGGAAUACACGAUGAUUUGUACCCCGUAUCCGUAUUAGCGAAAUUAUUGGGUGGAGGAGCAUCGUUCUCAUCCGGUGGACCAGGAAAAGGAAUGUUUUCAAGAUUGAAUACCCAAGUUUUGAAUAGACAUCAUUUUGUCAAUUCAUGUAUAAGUAUCAGUCAUCCAUAUAUGGGAACUGGAUUAUUGGGAGUAUCGAUCUCAUUGGUUCCUCAAGCUGCUCAUGUUUCCUCACAAAUUAUUGCUCAUGAAUUGGCAAAAUUGUUGGAAUCAGAUCCUGCUAAGGGUGGGCUCAAGGAGAAUGAACUCAGCAGAGCUAAGAACCAAUUAUGUAGUAAUUUGUUAACGACUAAGGAAAGCAAAGUUGCUACUUUGGAUGAUUUAGGUAGACAAGUACAAUAUCAAGGUAAGGUUACUUCAAUUGAUGAAAUGGUUGACAGAGUCAAUGCAGUAUCUCUUACUGAUUUAAGAAAUAUUGCCGAACAGAUCUUCACCGGGAAUGUGGUUACAAAGGGAGCUAGUUCAGGAAUUCCUUCUGUAGUUAUGCAAGGUGAUAGAGAAGCAUUUGGAGAUGUUGAAUUUGUUCUUCGUCAUUAUGGCCUUGGAAAAUAUCCCGGUCCACCAAUUCUUGAACCUAGAAGCUUCGCAGUAAAAGAAUCAAAAGGAUGGUUUAGUUAA